AUGGCCAGUCCUAAUCACGAGUAUCUCUUCAAGCUUUUGGUCAUUGGAGACUCUGGAGUGGGCAAAUCCGCUCUUCUUCUGCGCCUGUGUGAUAAGAUCUUUAAUGCGUCGUACAUUACGACGAUAGGUGUAGACUUCAAGGUCAAAUCGCUAAAUAUAAAGGACAACACUGUUAAAUUACAAAUAUGGGACACGGCCGGCCAAGAGAAGUUCCGGACCAUUACUUCUACGUACUACCGGGGGGCGCAUGGGAUCAUGGUUGUCUACGAUGUCACUUCUCGAGAAUCAUUUGACAAUGUGAAGACAUGGCUGAAGGAGAUUGCAAACAACGCUAGCGAUAACGUUGUAAAGUAUAUUAUAGGUUCAAAGAAGGACCUUCGCGAUAGUGCGGGUUCCAUCAAUGCUUCGCACGUCUCCACAGAAGAGGGGAGGAAAUUCGCUGAAGAGCUGGGGAUCUCUUUCAUCGAAACGUCGUCCAAAUCCGGAGAGAAUGUUGAGCAGGCCUUUGUGGACUUGGCCGUUCGCAUUAUUGAGACCCAGGGCACGACUGCUCAAGGCGGCGGACGCGUUAUAAACAAUCCUGCAGUGGUAUCUCUGUCCGACCCAGCAACUAAGAAGGACAGCAAGGGGUGCUGCUGA